CAGUUCCUGGGGCGCCACAUGGACCCGGCCGCCCGGAGCGCGCCCCGCCGUUGACCGCCCGUACGCCGCCUGCGCCCCGGCCCCGGAAAGGCACCGGACACCGCCACACUUGCCUGAGAGCUCGGACCCUCCGAGGAACCACUGAGGAGUCAAAGCCGUUGUCAUGGAGUUCGUGAUGAAGCAGGCCCUGGGAGGGGCCACCAAGGACAUGGGGAAGAUGCUGGGGGGCGACGAGGAGAAGGACCCCGACGCAGCCAAGAAGGAGGAGGAGCGGCAGGAGGCUCUGCGGCAGGAGGAGGAGGAGCGCAAGGCCAAGUACGCCAAGAUGGAGGCCGAGCGCGAGGCCAUGCGGCAGGGCAUCCGGGACAAGUAUGGCAUCAAGAAGAAGGAGGAGCGCGAGGCCGAGGCCCAGGCGGCCAUGGAGGCCAACUCGGAGGGCAGCCUGACGCGGCCCAAGAAGGCCAUCCCGCCAGGCUGCGGCGACGAACCGGAGCCGGAGGACGAGAGCAUCCUGGACACGGUCAUCAAGUACCUGCCAGGGCCGCUGCAGGACAUGUUCAAGAAGUAACGCCCGCCCCGCCCUCACCCGCCCCCCGCCCGGCCCCGCGGAGGCCCCCAGGGAGGCCGGGAGCAGAGUGCAGCCCCAGCGCGACACAAGCCAUAGUCCCCGUCCCUGCGCCCCGCGCCCCUCGCGGGGGCGCCUCUGCCCGCCGCCACCCCUCCCCGCACUGCCACGCGCCCGCCACGUGGGAGGGGCGUCGACCCCCAGGGACCCUGACGUCCGUGCCGGCGGCCGGGGUCCAGCCCCCUGAGCUCCCCCUGAGCUGGAGGGUUGGACCCCUGCCUCGAGCCCGGAACCCCCUGACCACCCCUGCCCCUCACCGCCCGCCCAGCAGCGUCUGAGGCCGCGCCACCGGCCACCCCUCCGCGCUUGAUGCGCGCUUGAUCGGCCCCAAACUCAGGAGCACAGCCAUAGUGGGGGGCGGGGGCGCGGUGCGGGUUGGAGGCGGCGGGAAGGGCAGCGGCCGGUGCCUGGGCCCCUCCCUGUCCGAUGCGCCGGACCCGCAAGCACUCCUCCCACGCUGACACCCUGCGCGGCCGCCCACCUCUCCGUCUGAACCCGUCGCGUUCGUCGUCGUCCGUCCGUCCCUCCCCCGGGCCCGCUCCUCCGGGCGCCGGGGCCCUUUUCUAAGCUGAAGGAAACAAAGCAAUACGAGUGGGGGACCCCCACCCCCGGAGUGGAACACGUCCUAGUACGUCAGCCCGCCCGAGUCCGGCACCGCAAGCCCGCCCUCCCGAGGCUGCGCGAGGGAGACCCUGCUCCCACCCUCCGGCGGAGGGAGCCUUGACCGGAGGGGUGUGCCCGCCCCCGCCGCUCCCUCCCGCCGGGCGCCCCGAGGCGUGGCGCGCGCCCGGCGGAUUCGACAGCGGACCCCGCAGCCCUGCUUGCCCCCGUCCCUGUUUAAUUUGCAUCACAUGCGUUGAAUCUCAGGUAAACGAGGUCUAGUGUCUUCGGGGAGUUUAUCUGGACUGAAAGCCGGUGGCCUUGGUAUGCGCGUCCGAAAUCCGUCGAGGGCAGGAGUGGACGGCCGGGCGCGGCUCCGCAGCGCUGUUCAGAAAAGCCAUAACGACCAGACCGCAAUACGAACGGCGCGCCCUGCGCCCCGGCUCCUCCGCUGCCCCGUCUUCCUAGAUGCCCGUUUCCACGCUUCGGGUGCCCGCUCCGAGCAGGCAGGGCGUUGUCUCGCAGAAACCCCGCACCCGUCCCCCGCGCUUGGGGCGCCGGAGCAGCCCAGCUUCGCGUAGACCUUGGAUGUCGUCCGUCUGUCUGUCCUCGCGCCCGCGCCUCCUCCGCAUGUCGGGGGCGCGGCGUGUGUCCUCUCCGGAUGGAAUCGCAGCCAAUAAACACCACCGUGAUUUCAUACCGUGUGGACAUUCUCUCCGGAGACCUGAU